AAAUCAAACUUUUUCUCAGAGGCAAAAGUUGAAGUGCUAAAUAAAAUUAUUAUGUGUUUGUGUGUAUGGUGGCCUUUAAAGCUCUGACUCAUUGCAUUAUGACACUUCCUAAAAAAACUGAGCUGAGACAAUCCAGAACUAAUACUAAAUACUACAACAGAACUGUUUUAGUAUUUACUUUUUCCUGAUUGUGAAGACCAGAAAUUGGAAGCAAAAUCACAUUGGUAUAGGUUUUAUGAAACAACUUAAUUCUCCAAACAAAUACAUUUUGGAUUUCAUUUGCUAAAGCUAAAAUCAUCAAUAUCAGCUGAAAUUAGACAACUUCUCAAUGAAAAAUACUUUCAUUGAAUACUUUCUGGUCUACUUUACACAUAUAUAUAUCUGUAGAUAUAUAGAUAUAUAUAUAAAAAGCCCCUGUCAGUGCAUCUCUUCACAGUUUCUCCCACACGUCUUCCUUUCUCAUGCUUCACAGAAACAACAUGGCUGCAUGUUCAAAGAAACUUUUACUGCCCAGUUUGGUGCGAAGUGUCUCUGAAGUGCUGAAAAACACUUGUUUUUUCUGAUGAUUAUCAGUAUGAGUUUGAACUCUGAUCUCACAGUGAAAGUCUCCUGCCAGACUGCACCUUGUUAAGGAAGUGAAAAAUAGGAAGAAGUUCUCAGGUGAAUCGAUACGUUUGUUAAUGGAGCUUUUUUUUUUUUUUUAAUGGAGAACAAACAAAAACUGUGGCUUAAAAUAUUGCCUGUUACUAAGAUGCAGGAUGCGUCUUCCGUUCAUGUGCUUCCUAAAUUUAACGUGCUGUCUCUCUGUUUCUGCUGUUUUAAAUAAACAUGUAAGUAACAUGAAGGCGCUCGCUCGAGGCUGUGGUGACGGCAGAUUGUUGCAGUUUCUGAUGAGACAAGGGUGCAUUUUCUCACUUCUUCAACUGUUUCAGGAAGUGGGGCAGAGCUACCAAAAUCAGGAAACUAAAGUGUUGCUAUUUAUACAACUGAGCAAAGGGCCAGAGCUGGUAAUCGCCGGGUUAGUGUGAGCUGACAAGCGAAAGAGAGCUUCGGUGGAGACAGAAAAAAGGAAACUAUUGGGAGGAAUGGCGACGCUUUUGGGAUGAUUUUGUGCAGAUUUGAGCCCAAACCAUGGAAGGACUCCCAUCCAUUACUGAGUCAGCAAUCUCUGAGUUUUCCUCGGCCUUUGAGCUGCUGAUUCUGCACACGGAGGAGGCCCAGGAGUGGGCCGCGUACCUGCAGCAGAUCCUAAAAUCCUCCAAACAUUUCCGCCGGGCCUCCGUGUUGCUCUACGCUGUGAGCUCGGCCGAUCAGCUCCACGGAUAUAACUUUGAGGACUUCCAUCGCUGCAAAUGCAUCGUGGUGCUGCUGACGGGAUUCUUCCUGGACGUCCUGUACGACCCGGAUCUGCACGGCGCGCUGCAGAGACUGCUCUAUCCUCCACACAGGGUGGUGGCGCUGCUGUGCGGCGUGACGGAGGCCGACCUGAACGUGGAGAUCUUCCAGGACUGGCCGAGUUGGAGGAAACUCUACGCCGACGACGAGCCGGGCGUUUAUGUUUCUACCGUUUUGGAGUCAAUAGCUGACAGCAGGCGAGCAGAGGCCGAGAUUCAGAGCAAAUAUCCUACAGGAGAGUCGCUCAUCUCCGCCGCACCGGCGGCUUCUCCUCCUCUCUCUGAAAAUCCCACAGUAGGUGACAGCGAAGAGGCGGCGUCAGAGGAGCAAAGCCAAAUGUUCCUGAAGGAGGAAGAGCGAGCGAACGGCGAAGAUUCAGCAAGAGAACGCAUCGGCUCAUCAACGCAUCCAACAUGUCUGACCGUUCAGCCCAGCAGAGUUCAGUGUGGGGAUCAAGAGACGAUUUUCAUCGUAUUCAGAAGCAGAGUGGGUUUCGGGUCGCCGGUGGAGGUGGAGUUCUCACCUGAAGGCGCAGCGUCCAAACGGGUUCAGGCCUCGGUGGAGAACGAGUUCACCGUCAGCGUCGCCGCACCAGAAAUGCCUGCAGGAGUGACUUCGCUCACUCUGCACGCCGACGGCUCACGUGUCGAUCUGAGUCCGGUCACAUUUUACACCAGCUUGGGAGAAGUUAGCCGGUAUCUAAAACAAGCUACUGACCCCGUGAACUUCAUCUGCCAGGCCUUUAACUUGACCUCCAAUGCAAUAGAAUCAGUGGACACAUUGCUAACAGACUCGUUAAAGUCCAGGAUGCCUCCAUCCGGUCUGCAGCUGUUUGGAGUCAAACAGAUUGAGGAAAACAAUAUGUCAGCAUAUCAGCGCACAGAAGAGCUGCCCACGUUGCUCCACUUUGCUGCUAAAUAUGGCUUGAAGAAGCUCAUGAGCUCCCUCCUGCGGUGCCCCGGGGCAAUGCAGGCUUACAGUGUGAUGAACAAACAUGGCGACUACCCAAACACACUGGCAGAGAAGAGCGGCUUUCAGGACCUCAGACGUUUUAUGGACGAAUUUGUGGAAACAGCAGACCUGCUCCAGUCUCACCUGGAAGAUAACUUGAACUUGGACGAUGAGGCGGAGAUCUACGAGCCGAUGUCAAAUUCUACUCGGGACAUCAUGAUGAAGUACUCCAGCUGCACUGAGGAUAUUUAUGAGUCGAUGCUCGGCCUCGACCCUGAGUGUGCAGAAGACUUAUACGAAGUCAUGACUGGAGUAGAUGAGAAUCCAGAAGAAGCUAUGCUCAGGAAGUUCUUCCAGGCGAAACCUCACGCCACCGAGAACCAAGUGAGCGCCUCGCCGUCUCAAGAUGAGAGCAAUGACAGGAACGAACACAAUGACUUUGAUGAAAUAGAGGAGGAGGAGGAUCCGUACAACAUCUGUCCAGAGGAUAUUUAUGACACCGUGGAUACAAACAGCACCUACAACGCGGGAAUCCAGAACCGCCCUCCGGCCCCCAUCCCCAGGCCUGAGGCUGAGCCCGAACCUGAAAGACCCGCAACCUACAUUUCCAGAGUGUUUUCAGAAAGUGACAUGUCCAAACGUAACUCGGUGGACAGUGGAUGUCCUGCAGCUCGCCCUGUGAGCGAGGCUCCCUCCUCGACCUAUGACCCCUAUGGCGGGAUGAAGACCCUGGGGCAGCGGCAGCUCAUCUGCCUGCAGGAGAGGGUCAAAGUGGGGGAGAUAACGGUGGACGAGGCCGUCCAGGAGUUCAAAGCGUGGCAGUUCGACCACGAGCGGCGCGCUAACUCUCUGCGCUAUCAGCAGGACAACCUGAAGAAACUACGAGAUAGCAUCACGAGGCGCCACAAAGAGAGGGAGAAGACGGGGCAGGAAAUCGAUUAUGAAAUAAGUGCGCCGCUGCAGAGGAACCUCUACUGGGGAUCCAACGUGACAUUGGAGUGCGGCGUGUAUGAACCGACACCCAGAAUGGUGGCUCCGCCCCCUCCGACGGCUCAGCCAAUCAAAAGAGGGAGCUGGAAGACCGGCAGUACGUCCAGCACAUCGAGCACAGAGAGCAACAGACUCAGCACUCACAGCAACUUUAGCCUCAGCAGUGGGACAGAACCGGACUUCGAGGACGCAGUAGAAACUCUUCCUCCUCCUCCUCCUCGGCCUCCGCGACCCUCCGACCCAGCGCCAGGCAUUCCUCCACCCAGGCUUCCUCCGCGGAUCCCAGAAAGGGCGCCGGAGACGGUGCACGAGCGCUACAUUUCCUGCCCGACGCGCGCUCUUCCUCAGCGACCCGCGCCCAGACAGACGCAGGCGGCGCCGCCGGUUCCCCGCCGCCGGUGAUGGCCGGCCGCUUGCGGCCCGGCCGGACUGAACCCACUGGUACCGAGGAGAACCGGUGGCUCCCUGCAACUGAUCGUGAUGUUCUGGACAAUUAGGCCCGAGCAGCGCCUUUUUGUUUUUUCUUUUAUGAUCUGAAAAAAAUAGUGCAAAUUGUUUCCAUUAUAAUGUUUUUUGUGUAUUUGACAUUAUAAUGACUGUAAAUAAGAUUUUUAGGGCCACACUAGAUGUUUAAGCCCCCAAAUUAGUCCAAUUAAAGUUCACACAUAAAUCUACUGUCCAUGUUCCGGCAUCACAGGAAGGAUAUUUAAUUUAUUGAGUCCAGCAGGAGCUCAAGAUGUUUAAGACACUUUUCAUGUGUUUUAUUGCACAUAAAAGCAUCAGAGUCCAUAGAAACUCCAACAUGGAGUCCAGGCAGAUAAUUUGAAUGUUGCAAAUUUUAAUCUUCGGCUGCGUCGGGUCGGACCCACAGACCCGUCUCCGACAGAAACGCCUGUAAGAAUUAUGUAUGAAGACUGGAUGUGCUGCAGUAAAAUAGCAGAGUUUUGAUGUUUCUUACUUUAUCUGACCUGCUGUUGUUUGCACAGUCGAGUGUAAAUGGUGUAACUUUGCAUUGUUGUGCUUGAUAAAAGGUUUCCCAAAGUGA